UUAAUUGGCAACUAGAAAAUAUAAAUAUGGCGGACGGGACGAUUGAACGGUAAAAUAGUGUCGUGAGUUUUUUCUUCAAAUUUUUCCAAGUGAAAAUCUUCCAGAUUGACGAAAUAAUCCAAAAUGAACUUCGCCCCAUUUGGUGUGCCCCUUUCGGCCGCCCUACCGGUAGCGACCCAAUUCACCGCUGGAAAAAUCACCCAAAGCGUCACGACGCCCAACGGACAAGUAGUAGGCGUCCUUCAAGGUGGUGAAAAUGGUGUCCACUAUAUCCGGCCGCUGGACGCUAGCGCUUUCGCGCACCACCAGCAACCGGGCAGUCCUCAAAACAACCAGACCGUUAUUACUUUGCCUAUUACCAUGCCCGGGGCGAAACCGGGCGAUCCGCAGCAAACCGUCCAAAUCCAGGUGGUCAACCAGGCGCAGGACGGAAAUAAGUUUUUGUCGCAAAUCCCUAUUCAGACUUUUGGGCAGGGCGCCACUGUGCUCACUGUUGCCUAUAAUGGCAAUCAGGAGGGAUUACAAAUUUUGGACGGUCAAAAUGGUCUAGAAGGCAUGACAGUCGUCGCAGCGCUACAGCCUCAGGAUAUCCAGCUGUUGCAGGCUCAGAUUGAUCAGCAGCAGCAACAACAACAGCCCCAACAGCAACAGGAAGACAAGGAUGACGAUAAGAUCGAACAUCCAAUGCCAGUGGCUCUUAUCAAACAAGAAAUGUGCAAGGACUCAGACAUGUCUCAGCAACCCGAAACCGAAACUAUUCACGUGCCCACUCAAUAUUUGCAAAAUAUGACCAGCCUGCAAGAGUAUCUACAAAAGGUGCAAGCCGCCCAACCUUUGCCCCUCACCUCGCUCCACCAAUUCCUCAAAUUUAACGGCGCCCCCGAAAUCAAACGAGAACUGAUCACUGAAGAUGGCGUCAUCGAAACUGUGAGCAUUGCCGCAAACUCGGACGAACAUUUCAAUUUGCAGGAGCACUUAAUGAUGAACAGCAUCUCCACCGAAAUGCCGCAACAGGAGGAGAUCACCGAAGAUCCCAACGACAAGGGCAAGAAGAAGAAGAAAUACAAGAAAAAGCCGCCAAAACCGAAAAAACCAAAACCUGGACAAGUCCAUAUUGCUACGGCGUUAGAUGGUACCACUCUCUUCUGUUGCCCAGAAUGUCACAUGGCCUAUCCAGAAAAAGAGCUGCUGGAGCAGCACUUGGUGGGCCACAAAAUCGAAAGGCGAUUUAUUUGCGACAUUUGCGGAGCGGGCUUGAAGAGGAAAGAGCACUUGGAGCGGCACAAGCUGGGCCACAAUCCCGAACGGCCUUUCGUGUGUUCAGUUUGUAUGAAAGGUUUCAAGCGUAAGGAGCACUUGAAUUUGCACUUCGUGAUACACUCGGGCGAGAAAACCGAAAUUUGCGGCGAGUGUGGCAAAGGGUUUUACAGGAAGGACCACUUGAGGAAGCACACCAGGAGUCACAUCACUAGAAGGGCUAAAGAGCAAGCUGAAAGGGCGCAAGCCAUUUUAAAAGCAGGUGGUACUCCGGAGGAUGUGCAAAACGAUUUGAGUGGAAUUUUGCCUAACGGAGCUACACAUGCACAAGUGACUAUACAAGUUGGAGGAGGGGGUCCGAACAGUCAAAUCCAAAUCCCGGUCCAAAUCCAGGUGCCGCAGCACACGAUCCAACUGAGCAACGACGAAGACGGCGACCAGCCGAGUACCGUGGUACUGCCCGCGGCCAGCGAGUCGCCGUCUCCCGCUUACCCGAUUUGAUUGUAGUAAGACGAAUAAUAAUUUUCCUCCUAUUUACUUGUGCCUGAUAUUUCUACAUAUAAUGAGAGUACCUUUUUUUUUUUUGUAAAUGAGAAUAUUUAUUAUUGACUCUUUUUUUUUAUACAUAUAUACUGAUUAAUUUGAGCAUUGUACCUUGACAGUCUUUGGUAUCUAUGCGCAUAUUUUAAGGCACGUUGAAACUCAGAAAAUAUUAAAUUGUUGUAUAUUUUUAUAUGGUUGGAAUUAGGAUUAGGAUGACAAAACUGUAUAGAGACAGAUUCUUUAUACAAAAAAAAAGUAAUAAUUUAAUUGUGAUAAAUAUUAAAGAGACCCCUUUUUAUGUAUAAUACAUGCGACAAACAUUUUAUUUAUGUCAUAUUUGUACUUAGUGCAGCCUGUACAAUGAUGAUGACGUAAGCAAAAUGGGCGCUUUUAAUAGAUAGAAAUUUUUUUUUUGCCAAGAUUAUGAUACUGUUUUUCUAACCUAGAUAGGUAGGACCGAGGGUUUUGGGUAAUUUUUUAUCGCUAUUUAUUUUUCGAGAGUAUUAUUUUAUGCCUGGUUAAUUCUUAGGCAUUUUACAAGAGAAAGCACACAUUUGAGUAAUUAUUAUUGUAAAAAAAUGUUUGUUAUUAAGUUGACACUAUAGUUGAUAGUUUUCUUUUUUUAUACAAAAACUAAUAUAUGGAUUCCAAUACGAGAAAUAGAUCA